AUGUCUCCAGCAUUUAACAUCCCAGAUUCCAUUGAGAGCUCUCGCGGCAGCUCUCAGAGCCCCCAUCAUGGGCUCAAUCCUGAGGAAAUGGCCGAUAUUGAAGCUACUUCCCAGGACAAUGCUGUCCGCGUCGGUGAAGAAAUUGAUUACUUCGCCGCCCAACUUGAUCGCUAUGAUGCCGACCAGACCGGUUCUCCCCCAGAGCGGCGCUCCCGUGCAUUCCAAUUAGUCGAUUCAUACUACACCUUCACUCGAAAGAGGCUCGACCGACUUCGUGAACGCCAGGCGCGCCAGCGAUCCGCGCAGAGGGGGAGUUGGCAGAGGGCAGGGUCUAUCGAAAUGGAUCUUGACGAUGCCGAUGAGGAGAACGAUGACAUCUUGGACGAGGAAUUGCAGCAACUAGAAGACGAGGUGCAGAUCUGGGAUUUGUUGAGGCGCAUUCUCCCUCUUCGCUAUCACGAUGCUACCCAGAAUCAGAAAAAGGAACAUGAUGGUUCGACUAAAAGUCGCAGGCAAUGGUGGAACGAGUUUAUGGUUUCCGACUCGGUAGCUCGUGAGAGAAAGGUCGUCCUUGAAUGGCUUCAAAACAGCGCCAGUUAUGGCCCACCCAUUGAUGAAGUCGUGAGCGACCUCCAACAUAAUGCGGAGAGAGGAGACAUUCUCGCCCAUGGUUGGCUCCAUACACGCCACAAGAUCAAGCUCCAGAAGAGCGUAAACGCCUAUCAAGGUGUUCUAGACCCUCGUGACGCCGCAGCAGCUCAGUCUCAUCUGAGCUCCAAUUCCCUGAUUACUCAGCUCGAUCCGGAUGCUGUCACUCGUCAGGCUCGCAAGCUGGAACCCCAGGAUGAAUCCUUUGAGCGUGCUAUCUGGCUGGGUUGCUUCGAGAUGCUGCGCCGAGGUUGCUCGAUGUCUGAGAUCAGGGAGUGGUUGGCGGUUAGGACUGAGCUCUGGAGGGCUUUUUCGAUUGCUCCCCUGCCCCUCUCAAAUCCCGAUGAUGAAGAGCAACCAGACUUCGAUCCAGUUUCUCUGAUCUUGUGGAGGAGAAUGUGUUACGCCAUUGCUACCGAUGGUGGAACGAGCGACUACGACAGAGCAGUCUAUGGUUUGCUCGCGGGAGACAUCCCCAGCGUUGAAAAGGUGUGCAAGACUUGGGACGACGUUCUAUUCGCUCACUACAACGCCCUUCUCCGGACCCAGUUCGACUUGUUCUUAAUCAAGCACGGCGGAGACGCUGCAGCAAAAGCAGCCCAGCAAUUCCCUUCUUUCAACGCUGUUGCAUAUCAUGGUGAUCCCGCAACGGCGACCAAGCGUUUGAUCGAUAGCUUAGAGACGGGAAUGAAAACUUCCGCUGAGGCCUUUCGUCCAGCAAAAGCACUCCAGGCAGCCAUUGUCGCCGAUGAUCUGGAUAAGUUCCUGUUUCAUCAAGGCCUUUUGCUGUCGAUUCGCGCCAACAAGAAAGAAAAGUCAAAACUGAUCCCCGAAUACCCAUUCCCGCACGAAAGUUUCAGCGACAAGAAGUAUUAUGACUUAGGAGACCACCAAGGCUUGCGGAUACUUGCUCAUGUCCUCAUUAUCAUCCUGACUCUCGACCGCCUCUCGGGUGUUGCUAAGGACAAAGGCCCUUUGCAAGCACGCCAUCAGGCAGCCGAGAACUCCAUUGCCGCAUACAUUAGCUAUUUGCGGCUGGUUCGUUUGGAAGAAAUGAUCCCACUGUAUUGCUCGAAGCUGCACGGCCCACGGGUGUAUUCGACGCUCAGCAGGAAUCUCAUCCACAUUGUUGAUAUUGAUGCACGGCUGCACCAGCUUACGAUCAUGAGGAACCUGGGGAUUGACGUUUCAGAGUUUGUGAAGAGUCAACCUCUCAUUUAUCUGGAUGAUGUCCAGGACGAGCUCGUCUCUUGCGACGCUAAAGACCAGUUCAAGAUCUUGGAGGACGGCCCAGCGACUCUGAAGUAUGGGCGGCUCGUCAAGCCUGACUUCUUUGGGGACGACGCCGACUACGUCGACCCCGAAGAUGACGCCCUCAUCCGCUCCAUGGAAUGGCUCUUGCUGGUUCCCGGCUUGUUUGUGGAGACCUGCGCCUAUGCUGUCCGUAUCUACAAAUAUUUCCUGAAGCGUACUCGGUUACGGGCUGCUCGCGCGUUUAGUCGGCGUGUCCGCGGCCACGAGAUCAUCCGCACUAAGUUCCCCAACCUCCUGAAGGAUGUUGAUGAGAACGAUCCGGCAGCGUGGUUCGAGGAAUUUGCUGCUGCUCAGCUCCCGAGCGACCUCUUGGAGUCAUGCCCCGCAAGCCAAGAGAAACUGAUCACAAUUACUCGUCAUCUGUGGGAGUUGGAGAGUUUAGUCCGUGCUUUGGACUCGAUUGAGACGCUCACUUCGUUGGCGGCGCUCACCAGAGAGGAAAGCGUCCCAAUGACUCGCGAGAUGUGGCAGGAAGUCAGCCAAACGGUCCGCAUCGCUAAAGCUUGCAUGCGUCCAGUUCUCAAGGAGUGGCUGCUUACAACUUACGAUGGAAGAUCCGUGGAGCAAGACUUCCUCGACAUCCGCCAGGCCUACAUCCCGGAAACGAUCCUUGCCUACAUUAGCUGCUUGCACUUUGCGGGCACCUCGCUCUCGCGCGACAAUCUCCUGGAGUGCAUGGACCUUGCUGCGAUAAUUGCCGAGAAGGAUUCAGACGUGGCCAAGGAGUUCAUGCGGUGCGGCAGGAUGAAGGAGCUUGUUGAAGCUUUCGCCUCGGCCAGCAAGGCUCUGGCGAUUUGGUCUGGCGAGAAGAAGGGAUCGCAGACCAACUCGAAGAAGCUCAGAGAGCUGGGAUGGUCACGGGAGUUGUGGUCGAUCAAGUCCUAA